AUGGCUUACGCCGAAGAGUACCAGCUUCCCGCACCUGCGUGCCACCCCGGCACGACUGGUAACCAGAGCAGCCUGCGCCAUCUGGCAAAGAAAUACCACCCUGAUACAAACAAGGAUGACCCUAAAGCUAAAGAGAAGUUCUCUCAGCUGGCAGAAGCCUACGAGGUGUUAAGUGAUGAAGUGAAGCGGAAACAAUACGAUGCGUACGGCACGGCUAGUUUUGAUCCUGGCGCAGCAGGUGCCGGCGCUGGGCGGCAGUACUGGAGCAGCGGUCCGUCGAUUGAUCCGGAAGAGCUUUUCAGAAAAAUCUUCGGAGAGUUUUCGGGAUCCCCUUUCGGCGAUUUUCAGAACGUCUUUGACCAGCCACAGGAGUAUAUCAUGGAACUGACAUUCACCCAAGCGGCAAAAGGUGUUAACAAGGAGAUUGUGGUGAACAUCAACGACUCCUGUGAGCGAUGCAAUGGGAAAGGACACGAACCUGGUACCAAAGCCCAGCACUGUCACUACUGCAGCGGCACGGGCAUGGAGACAAUAAAUACCGGCCCUUUUGUAAUGCGAUCUACAUGCCGACGAUGCGGCGGUCGGGGUUCCAUCAUAACAACACCGUGCGUAGUAUGUCGAGGAACGGGGCAAACCAAACAAAAGAAGAGAGUGAUGGUUCCUGUGCCAGCUGGCGUUGAGGAUGGGCAGACAGUUCGGAUGCCUGUGGGGAAGAAAGAAAUUUUCAUUACGUUCAGGGUUCAGAAAAGUUCUGUGUUCAGAAGAAAUGGAGCAGAUAUCCAUUCGGACCUCCUUAUUUCAAUAGCACAGGCUGUUCUGGGAGGCACAGCCAGAUGUCAAGGCUUGUACGAGACAAUCAAUAUCACGAUACCCCCUGGUAUUCAGCCAGACCAGAGAAUUCGAAUGAGCGGGAAAGGCAUUCCCAAGGUUAACAGCUACGGCUACGGAGACCACUACAUUCACAUAAAGAUAAAAGUUCCUCAGAGGCUGACGGAUCGCCAGAGAGCCUUAAUGAUGAGCUACGCCGAGGACGAGGCGGAUGUGGACGGCACGGUGAACGGAGUCACAAAUACGGCAUCAGGGAAGCGUUCUACUGGAAACUAAGAGCCAGCCGCAGCAGGUCAUCUUUGCAGUCGGGGAUGAAUCUUUCUGGCAGCGGGCUCUGGAGAGCAAAGGAUGUCAGUCAGCAGCACAGCGAGAAUCCCAGCUGUAGAGGCUACAAACCACUGAGGCACCAACAAGCAUCAUGAUACAAAACCCACUCACCGUCCUAGGAAACGGUAAUGAAGGAAAAUGCCAGCUUUGCAGAAAUGCGGCGCUCUCUCGAGGUUGCUCCACAGUCCCUGCUGCUGCUGGGAGCUUAUUUGGUAAAAUUUAAAGUUGAAAUAUUAUUUAGAAUCCAAAAAAGUGGAAAUGUGAAAUAAAAAUUGUCCUUCUAGCACAGAGUGGAGCAGUUUGCUGUAUGGAGUCCAAGACGGCUGCUGCUCGCUCAGGUGCCCUUCUGAAUGCUAGAUGUGCUUGGUGAACUUGUCACCGCUUAUUUUCUCCUAGGAGACUCGGUGGGUGAGUGAGUUUGAACCCCGUCAUCGCGACAGCCCCCCUAGCUGUCCUGCACAUCUCUCUGAGUGGGAAGGCUCCCUGCGGCUGGGACUCGUCAGAGCCCAGCUGCCCUGGGGUUCCUUAGUCCUGCUGAUUUCCUGCACAAAGAGCAGUGAUGGGAUCUGCACUUUGCCUGAGGUUUCCCUCCCCCCCAAUAACGAAAGUUACAACACAAAUGCUGUCGCUUCCGAAUGGGUACAAGUUUAUCACCAAGCCCUCUGCCAGUUUGGGACAAAGUCUUUUAUUACAUUAGCGCAACACCCGUAGCAUAAAUGAUUGGUCAAAGAGUCAUCGUUCCUACAUGUGUGAGAAUACAAGUGAAGUGGAUCGCUCCUUCCGGGUGGAGUUGAGCUCUUGCAGUGAGUAUGUCCAUGGUUACCGUAGCCCGCUGUUGUUAGUUAUACUGUGCAGGUACCAUCAGCCCACAUACUACUAAUCGACCAGUUAAACAAGGACAUGUCGUAGUCUUGCCCUUCUUAAUUUGCUGAAAUAAAGCACGCGUUGCCUCCUGAUUAAACUGUCUGUAAAGUGAUUCUGUAUCCAUGUAAAUAAGAUUGACUUCAUAAAGAUAUUUAACACGU